AUGUCCGACAAGAUCAAGGAAUUUAUCGAGAUCCCCCAGCAGUUCGUCCGUGAGGGCAACCAGUUCCUCACUCGUUGCGCAAAACCGUCCUCCAAGGAGUACAUCCAGAUCUGCAGGGCAGUCGCUGUCGGCUUCGCCAUCAUGGGCCUCAUUGGCUACUUCGUGAAGCUCAUCCACAUACCCAUCAACAAUAUCCUAGUCGGAGGAGCAUAG